UAACGCGGAAUAUGAUCUUUUUGAGUCCCCCGUACUCGGUGAAUCCCUCCAUAUAAUAAGUAAAUCUCCCACACCUGUAUCACAUUGGCUCUUCCUCUUCAUUGGGUUUUUGGAUAUUGUUGAAGGCAGAUAGAGAGAUCAAGCAGUUGCAAAUGGCGAAGAUGGGAGUAGUAGCAGUGAUCUGCCUGUUGGCUCUUUUGGGUGUGGCUCGCGCCUCCAAUACCUUCUCUGUGACAGGCAAGGUCUACUGUGAUAACUGUGAUGCUGGAUUCCCCACCAGAAUCUCUUCCGGUAUUGAGGGUGCCACAGUAGCAUUGCAGUGCAAGGAUACCGAUGGAAAACAAACUUUUUAUGCUGAAGGAGUGAGUGACAAGGACGGGAAAUUCCGCAUCCCUGUACAAGGUGAGCGUCCUCGUGAAUUGUGCAAGGCAAAAGCCCUGAGCAGCCCUAAUGCAAAAUGCAACCGUCCAUCUGAAGUGAACGAGGGUCCAGUUUACCUAACCCACAACAAUGGAAUCAAUUCUGAUGAAAGAAUAACUGGCCCCUUUUCUUUCAAAUCUGCUGAGAAGCACCCUGCCUGUGCAACAGUCAUGGCUGAAUAUAAUCUCUAUUGAUUUGCAUCAUUUUAGCCAAGAGGAACAUAUGGCUUUCCCUUUGUUUUUGUUUUUCUGUGCAUCCUAAGAGAUGUCUGGCAAUUAUGUUGCCAAAUCUUUGAUCUGUCAAAGUUUCGAUAAAUCGUUAAUGUAGUGAUGAUAUGCAUCACUUAUGGAUUGAAUUUUAUUUAUUAAUGCACUAAUUUAUGUGUAGGGAGUUGUCCCGUAAUAUGUAGAUCUUGAAUAAGCGUUAUUACUAGCUCCUAUUCUGAGCAUUUUGUUGGGUGAAUCUGGUUGUAAGGAAUUAAUUGAUAUUAGAAUAAAUAGUAAUGUUCUUUAA